AUGGCGGUUAGGGUGGAGGAGCUCUCGAACACCGAGCCGCAAAUUGAUGGCAUUAGCGGCGAGAAAUAUCGAGAGAUAGGGGAUCAGGCAGUGUGGUCGUUAUCAUCAUGUAAACCUGGCUUCGGAGUAGAGCAGCUUCGUGAUGGAAACCUAGAAACAUACUGGCAAUCUGAUGGGCCACAACCGCAUUUGGUGAGCAUUCAAUUCCGGCGGAAAACAGCGAUUCAAAACAUUUGCUUGUACGCCGAUUACAAAGCAGAUGAAAGCUACACACCGAGUAAAAUAUCCAUUCGUGCUGGGAAUCACUUUCACGACCUACACCAGAUAGAACUGAUAGAGCUCGAGGAACCAAGCGGAUGGCUGACAGUGUCUUUGUCGGAUGGGGACAAGCCUUUGAAAACAUACAUGUUGCAAAUAGCAGUUUUAUCCAAUCAUCAAAACGGAAGGGACACUCACAUGAGGCAGAUCAAGAUUCACGCGCCUUUAACAGAUACUGGGGCUUACAAAAUGCCCACUUUUACUUCUGUGGAGUGUGCUAUGUACAGCACAAUCAAGUGA